AUGAUUGCGUAUAUUGAAGAAAGGGCGCUUCUUGGAGCUACGAUAUCUGGAUUUCGAAAAGGGCAUUCGACAACAACUGUGUUGCUGGGUAUUCGAGACGCAUUGAUUCGAGCAUCAAAGAAAGGAGAGGUAACUCUAAUGGUUUAUGCAGACUAUAGCAAAGCUUUUGAUACUGUACAGUUCAGGUCUGUUCUGACUAAAAUGCAUGGAUUGGGUUUUUCAAAAUCAUUUCUGCACUGGAUGAUUAACUAUCUUACAAAUAGACAACAGUUGGUACAAAUCAACGAUAGUAAAUCUAGUCUUCUUACCGUAGAAUUUGGCGUACCACAAGGCUCAGUUCUUGGACCGGCGAUUUUCAAUCUAUACGUCGCUGAUUUACAGGAAAAGCUUCAACUACCUUGCUAUCAAUAUGCGGAUGAUACAUCGUUUUAUACCCAUUCAAAAGUAUGUGAUCUAGACUCGGCUGUAAAAGAAGUUAAUGAUGCUAUAGUGCGAUUGGUCGAUUAUUCUCAAUGCUCUAAUUUGGCACUGAAUUCCUCCAAAACUGACUGGAUGCUAGUUUCCACACCUCGGAUGGCACGUACUCAUGAUCUGGGUGACCGUACGUUUAGUAUUAAAUGUGGGGACAAAUUCCUUGAACGAAUAAAAUGUAAAAAUCUUUUAGGAAUUUAUUUGAACGAGCGUCUUUCAUGGUCUUCACAUAUUGACUAUUUGCUAACUUCUUGUUAUGGAAUACUAGCAGUGUUGAAAAAGCUGAAGAAAUUGACUAUGCUAGUCCU